UCGAUAUUCAUAUCGCUAAUAAGUGAUCCGUGAUGCUGAGAAGAUCCGACCAAUCACAUGUGAAAUCGCAACGAGCGACCCGUCUGUGUUGCCAAGGAGUCGGUCACGCGUUUAAUUUCGAGCAAUCACAAGUGAAAUCGCAUGAAGGACUCACGUGCGUUAGAGGUUCGUUAGAGGUUAGGGUUCUACAAUCUCGUGUUUCCAACAAGGUCGAGCGAAUGUUGUUUAGUCUGUGUGUGUUUUCGACAAAGUCCAAUGUUUUUUCUGCAAGCUCGGGUAUUCAUCAGUCCGUGCGCGUUUUUGACAAGGUCCAUUGUCUCUUCUGCAAGCUUGAGUAUUCAUCAGUCCGUGCGUGUUUUCGACAAGAUCCAUUGCAUGUGUCUUCUGCAAGUUCGAGUACUUAUCAGUCCGUGUGUGUUUUCGACAAGCUCCAUUAUGCCCCCAGGAUUGUGUUCAGUGCAGAGUGCAUAGUUUUCUGGAUCACUCUUGUAAAGCUGUUUAAAGCGAUACUUCAGCAGAUUUCAGCCCAGCAGUCCUAUGGUGCUGUGUACUGUAUACUCGAUCUUUGCUGUACUUACGAGUAUUGAAUAACGAUAACUAACAAAUCAAAGGAAAACUUUAACGCGCAUAUAUACACUGCAAUCGUCAGAAUCGUGGUUAAUAUCCGGAGCCACUACUAUGGAAAUUGGCAAACUGUCGUCAGUUCUCCGAGAACAGUAGAAGGGUAAUUUUUGAGCGCUUACGGGGAGGCACAUGGUGGCUUCCGGAGCGCAGAGUAAGCCGCUGACCAAAAAAAGACAACCUGUCUUAUUCAAACAACACCUUUAAUAUUUGCCAAGACAUACACUAUAAAAGAACGAAUUAUGGUAAAUUCUCGAAAACGUUUAGAGGAUCACAAUUGUGGAACGGCUUACGAACCGAAUUGAAGGAUAACAAGUCAAAGUAUAUUUUCAGAAAAGGAUCAAGCAAUUGUUUCAUAAUUAUUAAUGUCUGAUGUUUGUAAUAUGCUGCUAAAUUUCUAACUUGAGCCACCAUGAUAAGAGAAUUACAAAAAAAUUGUAUUUUAACACUGAAGGGCAGUUCCCCUUAGAAAAGCGAUCACAAGCUAACUGUUCGAGGUUUUUAUUGUUGACAUUUGAAACAGGAUCAAGAGUAAGGACUCAUGAAUGAUAUAUUGCAGCAAGCGUUACUUUGUGACCGGAAGACGGAGAUGACAGUUGCGUUACGGUUGCCUUGUAUGUUAACGUUGAAAUAUGAAACAGAAUGAGAAGAGGACUCGAGAUAUCGUAACAACAAGCAUGACUUCAAUCGUGAAGGCGGAAACGAUAGUUUUGUAACAGCUGCGUUGUUUGUUUUAAUCCUUUUCAGUUUCAAAAUUCAUUAAAAAUCCCAUAGUCAAUCUCAAAUAAAGUGUAAAGGGAAUGUUUAUCAGUUCA